UAAUUCCAUAGAGUGAGGAAGAGAAGGCGAAGGGAACAAAGAAGAGAGUUACUUCAUUGACCGAAGAUGUAGAGAGAGAGAAGAAGACUUUGAAAACUCCGAAACUGCCGAUUUUUCUUCAUCUUCUCCCUCUUCUUUUUCCCCCACCACUUUCCUUUUCUUUUUCUUCUUAUUAUUAUUAAUAAAAAAGUAUUAUUUUAUUUUCUUAUUUUAAAUUCUUAAUGCAUUACACGUAUUACCUACCCUUUCUUUUUCUUCUUACCUAGAAUAGUUUUGUAGCUCUCUCUUGCCUUGAGAGGAAAAUCAUAUGAAAUUAAUUUGUUGGUUAAAAAGAGGACAAUUUCCAGAUCAGUUUUUCCUAUCAAUUUAAGGCUGGGAUUUGGAAGUUUGAUGAGAUCCAUAGAGUGUCAAGAACCAAAGACUAAAUUCUUUGGUCCUGUGAGCUCCUACAAUUGUGUUAAUUAAGGCUAAACAGCUUUUAGGAAGAUUCCUUGUGUUGGGGUUUGUUUUGUAAUUUGGAACAAGGAUGUCUGCAGCUCAAGAUCAACUGGAGAUCAAGUUUAGAUUGAUUGAUGGAACAGACAUUGGUCCGAAGAGUUUUUCUGCGGCUACAAGCGUUGCGACUUUAAAGGAGAACAUCCUUGCUCAGUGGCCUAAAGAGAAGGAUAAUGGUCCACGGACAGUAAAAGAUGUCAAGUUAAUCAGCGCUGGAAGAAUACUGGAAAACAACAGAACAGUGGGUGACUGCAGAAGCCCAUUAUGUGAUAUUCCAGGAGGAGUUACGACCAUGCAUGUGGUUGUUCAACCACCAGCUCAGGAGAAAGAGAAAAAAGCAUCGGAUGACUUGAAGCAGAAUAAGUGCCUCUGUGUUAUACUAUGAUAUGCAGUUCCAACAGAGGGAUGGCUCUAUGCAAGAUAAAGACUGGUGGCUGUUAAUGAUACUGAAAUUGGUGAUUAGUGACAAACAUGAGUUGUUGGCAUGACGUCCAUUCUCAAGAUCGUGUAUGGUCUGGUCUCAUUUUCUUUUGUAUUUGCUGCUUUUUUAAAAGUGCUUUAUGGGCGCAAAGUCCAUUCUGCAUUGAUUGAAAAUUUGUGUUGCUGUCAAGUAUACCAUUUCAUCAUAUUUGUAGGACUCUGUUGUCUGUACAAAAUACGAAUUAACUCGUCGGAUAAAUUCAUAAUUUAAUCUUGAAUAUCUUCUUACCUUGGUCGAUGUAAUAUAGAUAUGAAAAGGAUUUGGAAUAUAUUGCAUUUGAAAUCCAAGGAUUUCUCUACUCCA